AUUGGCCGCGCGGAGGGUUGGGUUGGCCACUCGCUGCUGCUCGCUGCGCACACUGGAUAUGGAUCAGGACGCAGCGCGCCUCGCCGCUGUCUUCCGCGCACAGGCUGCACAGCGCGGCGCGUAACCGGUGCCCAGAUGAACCAGCGUCCCCCCGGCUCCUCCGGCGUGCAAUGGCUUAACAGGAGAGACAUGAGUGUCCGGGCGGAGGACAGCAUCUCCCUGUGCCAGAGGGCUCUGCAGAUCGUCACGGAACUUUGUCUCACGGGCCACGUCGACCGGGAGAAAUGCUCGGAUAUAUUCCCCCUGGAGAGCAACAUACCAGGUAAAGGACACGCAGACAUCUCUAUUAGUCUGCUUGCCGUGGUCGUAGGUUUCUGUGGCCUCGCCCUGUUGGUAGUCUCUCUCUUUGUCUUUUGGAAGCUGUGCUGGCCCAUCUGGAGGAGCAAAGCUCUGUCAGCCCAUGCGGAGAAUGGUCUCCAUGUGGGCUUCCCCGUGGCGCCUCCACCCAACCCCCCGCCGAUCACCGAGUGCAAGGCGCCAGAGGUGGAGAAGAAGCGCCCGCCGGAAGCGAAGGUGGGAUGCCGGAGCACGGUCAAGCUCCUGGAGGCGGCCAUGAAGAUCAGCCAGACGUCCCCGGACAUCCCUGCCGAGGUGCAGACGGCCCUGAGGGAGAAGCUCACCCAGCAAGCUAAGAUCCAGAGGCAGACCACAGAUCCCACCUCCUCCUCCAGGCACAAUUCAUUCAGGCGCCACCUGCCUCGUCAGAUGAAUGUCACCAGCGUUGACUUCAGCAUGGACGCCGUGCCUCUCCGCCAGUCCUCCACGGUGAGCAUCGGAAGAAUCAAACCUGAACUCUACAAGCAGAAGUCUGUGGACUCGGAGGGCGAGGCCAGGGAGCCCGUGGAGACGUGCGGGAAGCUGAGCUUCUCGCUGCUCUACGACUACGAGGAGCAGGCUCUGGUGGUGAGGAUCCUCAAGGCCUUGGACCUGCCCGCCAAGGACUUCACGGGCACCUCCGACCCGUACGUGAAGAUCUACCUGCUGCCGGAGAGGAAGAAGAAGUUCCAGACGCGCGUCCACCGCAAGAACCUGAACCCCAUGUUCGACGAGACCUUCCGCUUCCCCGUGGUGUACGACGAGAUCUGCAACCGCAAGCUGCACUUCAGUGUGUACGACUUCGACCGCUUCACCAGCCACGACAUGAUCGGCGAGGUGGUGGUGGACAACCUCUUUGAACUCUCGGAUCUUUCCAGGGAGGCGGUGGUGUGGAAGGAUAUUCAUGCAGCGACCACAGAGAGCGUGGACCUCGGAGAGAUCAUGUACUCGCUGUGCUACCUCCCCACAGCGGGGAGAAUGACCCUCACAGUCAUCAAAUGCAGAAACCUCAAAGCCAUGGACAUCACAGGCUCCUCAGAUCCGUAUGUCAAGGUGUAUCUGAUCUGCGACGGGCGGAGGUUGAAGAAGCGGAAAACAACGACCAAGAAGAGCACGCUGAACCCCGUGUACAACGAGGCCAUCAUCUUCGACAUCCCCCCCGAGAACGUGGAACAAGUCAGCUUGUCCAUCAUGGUGAUGGACUACGACCGGGUUGGACACAAUGAGGUGAUCGGGGUGUGUCGCGCCGGGCCGGACGCCGAGGGCCUCGGACGGGAUCACUGGAACGAAAUGCUGGCGUAUCCACGGAAGCCCAUCACCCACUGGCAUGCGCUGGGAGAGUGGCCCGGACGAGCAGUGAGCUUUGAGAGUCAAGGUUCGUGUCCGUCCCCCAAACCGCCGCCGACGCCCUGACGACCACAGGUAGAGUGACAACGGGACUGUGAGAGAAAACAGACGUUUGCUUAGAGCUGCUGCGAAGCUGUGUUGCCUAUUUGUGAUCACGUUGUGCGAAAAAAACUGAAUCCAUUCCAACAAGGUUGUGAUGAAACUGUGUGUAUUCACUCAUUCGAGCUGCAGCUCUUGAAGGGCUCCACAGAGCCGGCUAUGCACAGCACCAACUGUCACUCAACUCGAGAGUUCGUUUUCCCCUACGGCUGCUCUGAAGUUUUGUUUUGUCGGACCACAUGAAUAGUAGACUUCGCUGCGAGCUGUCCUCGGCGAUUCACCUCCAGCUAUUCAAUCAGUAUUAUCCGGCCCUGAAGUGGAGUUAUAGAGCUGGAGUGAAAUCGCACUUUUACCUUGAAAUGGCACAAAGGCCAAAGGGCUACUCUGCUCAGUGCCAUCAAAGCGUUAACUUGAUUGAGAAUUAGUCUUUAAAGUGGAUAUAUUAUAAAAACUCCACUUUUGUAGUGCUUCUACACGUUAAUAUGGGUAUCUGGCUUGUCUACCAUCCGAAAAACCCUGGAAAAAAAAAACUCCCGCGAUUUGAUGUGGUUCCUCUAUGUCAGAAACGAUCCGCUAGAGUGCGUCGAAUGGGAUUACGACCGAAAUAAACGUCAUAGUCCCACCAUGCCCAUAUAGGGAGUCUCGCUACAUGGCCUUGGACGAGCGAGCUAACGCUAGCCGAGCUCGCGAGCCAAUAACCGGCCAGUGGACAGGACUCUUGGAUCUGGAGAAGCAGAAACAUGUAGCAGACAUAUGUACAGAGAGAGGAAGAGCAACUAGAUUCAAGAUGUGUUUGAACUAUAAAGUGAAGUCGUUUCCAAAAACCGGGAAAACCUGAUUUUAGACAACAAUUCUCAUAUUUAUUUUUGUAUUCACCAGAUAGAUAUCAGAAUAUGAUAAGAAGUAGCAUAUAGAAAUGAUUUAAUCCUCCUCUCAUUCUACAGGUGUAUUUGAAUAUUAGGUAUAUUCACUACCUAUGAUUAAUUCCCUUGUGUUUCUACUUCAAGAAUUAGCGCUAAAAAGAUAAAAUACAUGUUAAAUACAUUUAACAUCAAUGUUUAAACAUAUGAGGAGCACAGUAUCCAGAUUGUAACUGAACUUUUCAGUCUUCAACUCAUUCUUCAUAUUCAUUCAACACACAGAUCCGUCCUCAUCCUGAAAACAUGUUUCUUGUGCAGUGUUAAAAGUGAAACACAGAGUUUAAAAUGUGAACAAAAAAGAAGGAAACUAAGCAGGUACAGUAAACUGGGAUCAUGUAUCAUACUGGUGAUGUUAUAAUAUAUAAUAUUAUUUAUGCAGCAAUCGAGUGCACAUUAAAGGCCCAGAACAAUGUCCUGAUUUUAAACU